GGAGGCGUUACUUGAAGGUGUGGUUUUUUCAAUUACUCUUUCAAAAACCAUCCCCCCGAAGACUGUCAACAGUGUCGACAAAUCCACGCGGCAUGACAGCGACCUGCAGCGUCCGAAAGCUCGCCUAGCUUCGGGAAUAAUGCUCCGAUUAUACAAAGGGUGUAGAAAUUUUCAGGACUCACAAUCGGACAUAAAAUGGUUGAAAAUCGAGGUGUGAGAUUUGGGGAUAAAAAUUGGUCGGUCUACAUCGAGUGCGGAUUGGAUGCAUUAACUCGUUUAGUUCGUCUCGUGUGUGCAGCCGGAUAUAUUGCUGUUGCAAUUUACACACAGUCAGAGUAAAGCUGGACCUGGUGAAUUGGCGCGCCCAUUGACGCUGAGCGUUGCCGAUCGCUCGAUUAUUUAGGACUCCUUAGUAAGGGAUGCGCCGUCUCGAAUGAUAAGGAACCAACGUAUUACAAGUCGUAAUGACGCGACUGCAGUCUGUCAACUGACUUGGCGAAUAAAAAAUUAGACUACAAUCUAAUUACUCUGCUUUUGCCGAAACUCUGGCGUCAGGAAUGGAGGCUCAAACCGAGAUACCGAGCAACACGACGGCCGGAAGCACGGUCCAGGAGGAGGAACUCAAACGCAUCCUGUGGGAACGAAAAAUGGAAUGCAUGGACAGGCUGAGAUCCAACGCAACAGCACCGCCUGAACCUUAUUGCCCGGCGGUUUUCGACGGCUGGUCUUGUUGGCCGAAUACUCCGGCUGGUACGAUAGCGUUUCAGCCUUGCCCUGUUUUCGUCACAGGAUUCGAUGCGGGACGUUUUGCGCACAAGGAUUGCGAGGCGAAUGGUACCUGGUUCAAGCAUCCGGAAUCCCAUCAAAUAUGGAGCAAUUAUACAACCUGCGUGAACAUGGAAGAUCUCAGUUGGCAGCAGCACCUGAACACUAUCUACGAAACCGGUUACACGAUAUCACUAGUCGCUCUUCUCUUGUCCCUGGCAAUACUUACUUACUUCCGGUCGUUGAGAUGCGCAAGAAUUACGUUGCACAUGAAUCUCUUCGCAUCGUUCGCCGUUAACAAUGCACUAUGGUUGAUUUGGUACGGCACCGUCGUCGCCAACACACCGACUCUUUUUGAAAAUGGGAUCGGCUGCAGAUUCCUCCACGUGAUACUUCAUUAUUUCCUAUUGACGAAUUACGCAUGGAUGCUGUGCGAGGGAUUCUACUUGCACACCCUACUCGUAAGCGCGUUCACAAGCGAGCAUAAACUGGUCAAGUGGCUGAUGGGAUUGGGAUGGCCCUUACCAGCCAUCAUCGUUGUUACCUACGCAAUCCUGAGAGGCACCAGUGAUGACCUUGAGGACAGCUCACAGUGCUGGAUCAACGAGGGAAAUUACGCGAAUGUUCUCAUCUAUCCGGUCUGCGUUUCGACGCUGUUGAAUCUUCUAUUCCUUUGUAACAUUGUCCGCGUCCUUUUGACGAAGUUGCGUGCCGGUCCUGCGAUCGGAACAAGACCAUCGAGAUCAAUGCUACAGGCUUUCAGGGCAACUCUACUUCUGGUUCCACUACUAGGGCUUCAUUACUUGGUCAUUCCGUUCCGCCCGCCGAAGGGCCAUCCAUGGGAACAAGCCUACGAAAUCAUCUCUGCCAUUACCGCAUCUUUUCAAGGUCUCUGUGUCGCAAUUCUGUUCUGCUUCUGCAACGGUGAGGUGAUAACUCAGUUCAAACGGAAGUGGGAGGGAACAGCGUUCGUAAGAAAGAGGGCAAACUCAUGUACAGCAACAACCGUCUCGGUCCGAUGGCGGGAGAGGAGAAGGUGUGACUAUCAGUCGGCGGCGGGGGUGGAUCCGCAGGAGUCCGCGGGAUCCAACACGGCCGCCGCGCGUCGAGGAAGUAGCAACCACCUCCAGGUUCUCAUAAAACGCAACGACUCGGCGAACGACUUCAACCAAUACCAGAGCCAGUGCUGAUUACUACCUACAAACGGCUGACUAAGAUCGAGAGAGAUUUAUAAUUGUCGGUCUCUGGAUCACUCCGGCUUAAUUCUCAACCCCCCCCCCCCCAAUCACCGUUAUCGCUGAACCGUUUUGAAACCCCAAUGUUGAGACGUGUUUAUUGUUGACCAAAUCACUUUGCCUCUGGCCGAAUGUUAUUGUUGUAUAGUCACAAUUGACAAAAAUUCAAUCACUCUUCGUUCAAGAUGUGGGGUUUCGAACUCACGAUUGCUCUUUAAAUUUGAAUCAGUCAAAAUCCACUGAUUCCCAGUUAUAAGUAUAUACCACUGGAAAAUAUCCACACAAACUCAGUAAACGAUUGACCGUGACAUUUUUUAAUUUUGCCAAGGAUUUUUUCUACUGU